AUGAAUUUCUUGCAUUCCAAGGAUUUAUCUGUGAUUGAGUCAUCAAUGCAAGGAGUGUUGGGUUUGAAGUCUUAUAUUCCAGCAUCAGCCAGCCUCCAAAAUCUUACUACAAGAUUGAGGAGGAAAUUUUACAUGGAGGAUCCCAAUAUUGAAAUAAGAGAGUUAACUGCAGAAGAAAUCUGGGCAUACGAUGCAACUUGGGUGCUAGCAGAAGCAGUAGAGAGGGCAAGGAUUUCGCAAACAAGCCAGGAAAACAUUGAAUUGGACCUAGUGGAUGAUUUGAACAAUAUUCGAUCCUCAAAACAUGGAGUUAUGCUUCUUAGACAGAUAUUGGAAAGUAGGUUUAAAGAUUUAAGCGGUGAAACUCAAUAUAUAAAUGGGAAAUUGAAUUCAUGUGCCUUUGAGAUGGAUUUGAAAACUCUCAUAUGGCCUGGAGAAUCAACAACCAUUGUUAGAGGUUCAAAGUUACAAUCGGAUGAAAUAAAAGCACUAAGAGUUGGAGUUCCAGCCACCUCAGGGUUCAAGGAUCUUGUGGACGUGCACUAUGACUAUCUAACCAAGAGACCAACUGUCACUGGUUUCUGUAUAGAUGUUUUCAAAGCUGCAAUAAGCGGUUUCGUCGUGUGGGUAAUUGAGCAUCCUAUCAACCAAGAAUUCCAGGGCUCUCCAUCACAGCAAAUCGGUACAGUAUUAUGGUUCUCCUUCUCAACCAUUGUGUUUGCUCACACAUCAAUGAUGACAGUUAAACAGAUUCAAUAUAACCCAGAAGCAAACUACAUAGGUUUCCAUGGUGUAUUGGCCCCAGGAACUAUAGAGAACUAUGUGAAAUCCAAAGGUUGUAGAACGUACAAUUCGGUUGAAGAAUUUAAUGAUGCUUUAUCAAGAGGAAGUAAGAAUGGUGGUGCUACUGCUGUCAUUGACGAAAUUCCUUACAUAAAGUCCUUCCUAGCAAAGUAUUCUGCUAGUUACUCUAUGAUUAAACCCAAGCCUAUAUACCAAUGGUUUUGGCUUUGUUUUGCUCGGAAUUGGCUCAAGACAUGUCAACUCGAAUUGAACACUGAGAGAAGGAAGAAUGCUUUUAGCAAUGGAAAGGGACUGGUUUCAUGA